AUGGAGAGCAGUCUAGCCUUGCAUGAUCACCGCCCUCCACCGGCACCACCUGACGACGGGGACACUCAAGAAGAAAAGUGUAACCGAGCAUGCAAUGGCGUUAUUGACCUCACGACCCCAAUGGACACCGACGAAAGACAACCGGGAACGCAGGGCGAGAGUUUAAACACGGAAAACCAACUCAGCGUGCAGAUCCCACUGACGCAACCUUCCGAACUUGGAACCUCACAGAAUGAGCCCAACCGAGAAGAUGACAACCAGCCGGAUCCAGAACCCAAUGGGUCGGAUAAUGAAUCGAUGGCGGCGUCUUCGGAGCCGCCUGUGUAUGAUGACGCAGACAUGGAACCGCUUUCCUUCCACGAGAUGUACGCGUACCUAAAAAGCCAGCUGAAAGGCCUCCCCUUAGACCAAGCUAAAGGGGUAGACUGUGUAGAAGACUACAUGCAACAACUCUUCACUGAGGUUUUCGAAAACCACACUGAGGAAUGGCUACCGCCGCAAAGACGCCACUAUCCUGACUUGGAACCAGAUGAACUCGAAAAACUGCUCAACUUGUUCUUAACCGACAUUAAAGAACCCAACGCAGACGCUCGUAAAUGGAGGGCAAGACUUCAAACGUUAACCCGAUCCAUUUACAAGUCGCGCAGCUCAUUGAAAGAAACGUUGGAUGUACUAGAAAAAACGACUCAGGCGAAACCUGCACCCACAGUAAAUCCUUGGGCUCGGAAACUGCAACAAGAUACAGGGUCAAGACGAAAUGCAGAAACUGGUACUGCUCCGUCCACGUAUCGGUUCUUAAAAGAGGUCUACUCCGAAGAAGAAAUUACGGAACUUCGAAGCAUAUGUGAAACCAGAUAUCGCUAUCCGAGGAAUCUCCGUAAACCGACAGCCCAAGAGGAGAGAAUCAUAACUGGGCUAGUGGAAGGAACGAUAUUAUGCCCCCGACUACCAGAUUUUCUGAAACGCAUCUGCAAUCACCAAGCUUUUCGACGAAUCCAGAAUACAAUCAGGGCCCAAGUGGAAGGAGAUUUAAUUUUGCAACUUGAUCCAAAGUUCAAGAUUUAUCCGCAGUUCCAAAAUCUCGGCUACUCUUUCGCAACCGACAUUUUCCCCUCCAAAACGCUCAUGAACCGGUUCAAGACACUGCAACAGCUUCUGGCACCAGAGCAGAAAGAGUGUGGGCACGGCAGGUGGGCGCGGACGGAAUUCCGGACGAACAACCGCGUGAUAGAUACCACGUACGGCUUAUGA